UCCGCCAGCCUCUCGUCGUCCUUUUCCUACACGCUUCCCUGCCUUCUAUUCCUCGCUCGUCAAGCCACCAACAACCAAAUCGAAUUCGUCUCCUCCUCCUCCUCCUCCUCCUCGCCGCCGCCGCCUGAGGGCAAACAAGCGAGCGCUCCCGCGGAUCCCCCACCCGGCCCCCGCCGCGCGCACACGUGAAGACGACGAACCCCUCGUGAAUGGUGGGAGCCCGCGCGACGUCCCCCGCCUCGCAGCCGCAGCCGGAGAAGGCCUCCUUCCGCGGCUUCGGUUGCUGCAUGCAGGGCUGGUACCACCGCUGCAUCGGCCUCGACCCCUGAACCCCUCGCUCCCUCCCUCUGCUUGCUUCCCCGCUCCGGCCGCCGCUUCUCUGAUUUGAUUUGACUUGAUUCGAUUCGAUCGGUUCCCCUCCCGUCCUGGAUCUGUUCCUCGAGAGCACGCCAGCGCGCGAGAUUCCUUCCCUUCCCUUCUCCGAGGAAACAAAGCCGAUCGCUCGCUGAGCUCCGCCGCUGCUGCUGAUGGCCGUCGCGGUGCCUUCGUCGCUGCCGAUGAAGCUCUGGAGGACGGAGCCCCGCGGCAAGUCCGCCGCCGCGGGGCCCGACGAGCCCGUGCGCGUCCUGGUGACGGUCACCGUCCUCGGGAGCGCCGGCCCGCUGCGCUUCAUCGUGCUCGAGGGCGACACGGUCGCCGCGCUCAUCCGCGCGGCGCUCCGCUGCUACGCGCGCGAGGGCCGCAUGCCGCUGCUCGGCACCGACCCCGCUGGCUUCGUCCUCUCCACCGCCAACGGCGGAUCCGGCGCCCUCAAAGAAGACGAGAAGAUCACCUUCAACGGGUGCCGGAGCUUCCUGCUCUGGCAGAAGACUGCGGUCCAGGGUGCCGCCAAGGGCGCCGGGCACGACGCUCUGACGGCUACUCCAAGCCCAGGCAGGAAGGGCAGCAGUGGCUUCAAGGCUACUCCAAGCCCUGGCAGGAAAGGCAGCGGCGGCUGGAAGGCUGGCCUGAACAAGUUCCUCCUCAGCUUCAGCAUCAAGGUGUGAUCCAUGCAUCAACGAAAGCAGGAGGGGUGUUCUUGGGGUUCCGCACCGCACCACAAUAAAAUUGCAUUGGUUAAUUCUUCGAUUGGCAAAGUGUAAUUCGUCGUGAGUUUGAGUCGAUUCGAGUCGGUUGCUUUGUUAUUCAGCUGCUCUGUUUCCAAGUUAUCAGGUGUUCAUUUGAGUUGCAUCAAUAAUCAAUUUGUUCGUGCUGGCCAGUUACAUCGUGGAUGAAUUGUCUUAAGUUACAUCGUGGACCAGUUGUCUGAAGUGUCCAAAUGCACACGUGCUGUCCAGUUA